CAGGUCUCGGGCCCUCAGGCGGAGCGGCGGGCGCCGGACCCCCAGAUGGAGCGACAGGUCUCGGGCCCUCAGGCGGAGCGGCGGGCGCCGGACCCCCAGGUGGAGCGACAGGUCUCGGGCCCUCAGGCGGAGAGCGGCGGGCGCCGGACCCCCAGGUGGAGCGACAGGUCUCGGGCCCUCAGGCGGAGCGGCGGGCGCCGGACCCCCAGGCGGGAGCGACAGGUCUCAGGCCCCCAGGCGGGGCGGCGGGGCGCCGGAUCCCCAGGCGGAGCGGCGGGCGCUGGACCCCCAAGCGGAGCAAAUCAGGUCUCGGGCCCCCAGGCGGAGCGGGCGGGCACCGAGUCACCAGGCACGACAGUGGGCUCCGAGUCAAACUGGUAUGACCGCAGGCACUGGGUCAGACAUUGUAUGGUCUGGCUGGACAGCGGGCAUCGGGUCACCAGGCAUCAGGUCAUUUGGGGCUCG